AUGCCGUCAUUCAAUCCUUUUGUGGCCGGCCGGAAUGCUUGUACCCUCUUUCAGAUCCGUCUUGAAAACGACUUCAUCGUUCUCCGUGGAAAUGAGUUCGAGGCGUCCGGACAAAUGCUCAAAGGUGUUGUGGUUCUGUGUCUUCGAGAAUCUCUCAGAGUCGAGGAUGUGCAUUUGCGAUUAACAGGCAGCUGCCGGCUAGCGUGGGUUGAGGGCAAACAGACACCCACGGGGAUCCACAAUCAGAAGUUCGACAAGACGACGACUAUUUUGAAGCAUACUUGGCCUCCCUUCAUUGGCGGUCACAGUAAUCAUGGCCAAACUCUCGCUCCAGGAAACUACGAGUGGCCCUUUGAGCUCUUGCUCCCCGGUGACACAGCGGAGAGCGUUGAGGGUUUGCAUCACACAAACAUCAGUUACUUUUUGAAAGCAACUAUCUCCCGCGGAAAACUCUCCAAAAACCCGCAUGCCUGGAAGAGACUGCGCAUCAUCCGCACCUUGGAUCCUGCCGCACUCGAGUUCAACCAUGCUAUGAGCGUGGAGAACAUAUGGCCGAAUAAGAUAGAGUACUCCGUCAUUAUCCCACAAAAGGCCGUCGUGUUCGGGAGCACGGUUCCCCUGGAGAUGCGAUUCACGCCUCUGCUGAAGGGGCUGGAAAUGGGAGACAUCACGGUCAAACUCAUCGAGAUCCAGGAGUUCACCGUGUCGGGGUAUACUGCCAGCGCCAGAAGUCACAAAACCGACCGUGACGUAUGUACAUGGUCGUUCGAGGUCAAGCGGGAUGACCACUGGCACGACAACGUGGAGGAAACUGGCCAGGAGGGCUGGGCUAUAAACAAAGAUCUGCCGCUGCCAAAGCGGUUGGCCAAGUGCAUACAGGACUGUAAUGUCCACGGCAUCAAAAUCAGGCACAAGGUGAAGCUGACAGUGGCCCUCAAGAAUCCGGAUGGCCACAUCUCUGAGCUGAGGGCAACUCUGCCUGUCACCAUCUUCAUCUCGCCCAAUAUGCCCUUAGACGAAGAGGGCAACCUGGUCUCUCAGCAAGUGACGGAGGUUACUGAACGGGCCCCUGGGCAGACCGAGUCGAGCAACAUGGCUCCUCCAGGUUACGGACAACACGUGUUGGACCAACUUUACGAGGAUGAGGAUUCCCACAGUCACGGCGCCCAGACCCCGGGCGGAUUCUACAGCGGUUUGCAGAGUGGCAUGCAGAGCGGUAUCAACAGUCCAUUCUAUGCUCAAUCGCGAGCUGGGUCGUCGGAGAAUCUGGCAGGUCAGCUGGCAGGCAGUUCUGCUGUACACCCUGCGGCGCUAUCCUCAAGGCUCCAGAAUGUUUCGCUUGACCCUUCAAGCAGGAACACAUCAUUCACUUCGGCCGGAUCUUACUCCGGGGCGGCCACUCCCCAUCAUCCAAAUGAGGGAGAACAUACUGCAGAGUCUUCGCAACCCCACUCGACAGAAUUAUCCCGGCAAACUAGCGUGGAAGAUCAUUCAGGGCAUACUACACCGGAACAUCUCGACUUUCCCGACAUGGAGGAGCUAAGCAAAGUGCCGAGCUACACGACGGCUACGAGGAUGCCGAUAUCAAGAGGUGCUAGUUACUCGGAAUCAGUAGCUCUCCCCGAUUACAACACUGCCAUGAGUGCGCCGGGCUCGCCAGCAAGGACUCCCAUGUAUGAAAUACAUGAUCCCUUGACUACUAUAACGGAAGGCUUGCAAAUUGGCUCCGCGGAACCUGCUGGGAGUCCAUCCAGGAGCAACUCAUCAUCUAGGACAAGUAGCGCCCUGGGCUUCAGCUUUUUGCAUUCGCAUUCGCACUCGUAUUCUGGAGAUCGAGACGUAGAACGGAGGUUGAGGCUCCUGCAGUCGAGGGGUAACUGA